AUGAGUGAUCAUGUGGAAAAAAACUGCAAGAAAAGCAAUUCUUCCCAGGAAACACCUGCAGAAGGAAAUGUCUCUCCUGCUAAGGAUUGCUCAGUAACACAAAAACAAUUGCAACAACUCGAGAAACAAUUAAAAUGCUUAGCCUUUCAAAAUCCAGGACCUCAGGUAGCUGACUUCAAUCCUGAAACUAGAGAGCAGAAAAAGAAAGCACGCAUGUCACAGAUGAAGCAAGAUUUUUUUUAUAAGCCCAAAAUUACAAAGAAGUAUGAUAAACAUGGCAGGCUGCUUUGUAAUAACAUGGAUUUGUGUGAUUGCCUGGAAAAGAACUGCCUAGGUUGCUUCUAUCCUUGCCCCAAAUGCAAUUCGAACAAAUGUGGACCAGAAUGUCGCUGCAAUAGGAAAUGGGUUUAUGAUACAAUUGAGACUGAAGCUGGGAAUGUGAUCAGCGUGUUGCCAUUUUUUGUCCCUGACUGAUUUUGUUCUGAUAGUUUUUGUGCCUGAGCAAAGUUCUUCCUUCUUCACAUUUUAUUAAAGUAAA